AUGUAUCUGGUCCAACUAGCCAUUGAAUAUGGCGCCCCCCUUUGUACGUCCCGAGACGAAGAAUUUCUCCCGCUCAAGAACGUUGCCCCCCUCAUCUCCUCCCCUCUCACGUCCUACCUGGAUCAGAUCCUGAGCAUUCAGCGGAAUAGGAGCUCGGCCGGGUUUUCCUUGGACAUUCCUCUGAUUAUGCUCGUCGCGUCGAUUCUCAAGGUCUUUUACUGGUUCGGAGAAUAUUACUCUAAGGCGCUGCUGGCCCAGGCCGUGGUGAUGAUCUUGGUGCAGAUGGCCCUGCUAAAGGUCGCAUUGGACAACCGACCUGCGAUUGGCGCGAAGAAUUCCAUCGAACAUGCGCCCUUUAGUGGUGCUGAUGAUGGAUUCAAGCGGCCGUACGAUUUCUGGCAAUGGAAGAACACUAGACCGUACUGGCUGUUCCUCGCCUACUUCAUUGCUAUCCUGGCUGUCGUCCAUCUCACCCCUAUUUCAGACUCAGCAACCUACAUUAGCAUCCUCGGCUGCAUCGGUCUCGCCGUCGAGGCCAUUCUCCCCGUCCCCCAAAUCCUGGCCAACCACCGUUCUGGCUCGUGCAAGGGGUUCCGAUUAUCUGUUCUUGCUGCAUGGAUCAUUGGUGACACCAUGAAGAUGAGCUACUUCUUCUGCAGCGAGGAGGUCAUUCCCUGGGCAUUCAAGCUGUGUGGCAUGUUCCAGUGCGUUUGUGACCUCUACCUGGGUGUUCAGUACUGGAUGUUCACUCGCGGCACCGGCCGAGUUGCUGGCAGCUCUCAGGACCAGGAUGGCCGGUGGGGACAAGGCGAGAAAGAUAUCCGAAUGAACUAA